AUGGCGACGCCCCCACCAAUCGCCGGUCAAGCCUCCAAAUCUGAUGCUGAAGCCGAGCUACUGCCCGUUGAAGUAGGUCAAACCAUCUGGAUACCCGGUACUGACCGUGUAUGGGACAAGGGAUCCGUUAUGGCCAUUGGUGGACUCAAGGUGACGGUGCGGACUCAGGCCGGAAAGAUCCAACAGGUGGACCGAGGACUUGCACUACCGCAGAACCCGCGCGAGGCCGAUGACAUGACAUCCCUGUACUACAUUCAUGAACCUGGUGUACUGCACAAUUUGGAGGAACGUUGCAAGCUCGACGGUGGUGAUGGCACUGGUCAAAAGCCUUACACGUUUAUGGCUAACGUGUUAAUCGCCGUCAAUCCAUUACGGCAGCUACCAAAUCCUCGUAUCAGUGAGGUAGUUAAUACUGCUGGCAGUGCACCCCAUCCUUACUCUAUUGCUGAAAUGGCUUACCAGCAGAUGGUGUACAAUUCAGGCACAGACCAACCGACAAACCAGUCGGUUGUCAUCAGUGGUGAAAGUGGUGCUGGUAAAACUGAGUCAUCCAAGAUCGUACUGCGUCAUCUGACCACACGUGGUCUGUACGGCAAAAAAGCACGUGGAGAUGAAAUUGAAACGAUGUCUAAGACCCGUCAGCAACAUGGCACAUCACUAGACCACCGUCUGAUUGAACAAAAUCCAAUUUUGGAAGCUUUUGGUAAUGCCAAGACUCUGCGGAAUUACAACUCGUCGCGUUUUGGCAAAUUUAUGAAGCUACAGUUCACGUCAGAUGGCGAGUUUAAGCUGGCCGGUGCUCUGGUGGAGACGUACUUGCUAGAAAAAUCGCGUCUUGUGUACCAGGUGGACGGGGAGCGCAAUUUCCAUAUUUUCUACCAGUUGUUGGCCGGUGUUUCGACUACUGCACGCCAGGAGUUUGAACUUACGCAAGCUGAAGACUUCUGCUACCUAAACCAGAGCGGAUGCUACCUUGCCGAGGAAACGGACGACCGUGCUUGCUUUGAGGCCGUGGUACGCGGUUUGAGCUGUGUUGGUAUUGACGAGCAGGUCCAACACGUCAUCUUUUCGGUGGCAGCCGGUCUGCUACAUCUCGGCAACAUUGAGUUUGACCAGGAAGAUACGCCUGAGGGCGAAGCUGCCGUCAUUGAGAAGGAGUCAGCUAAACGUGCUCUCACGGUGGCUUCGAAACUUUUGGGCGUCAAGGAGAAAGAUUUGUGGAAGGUGAUCAUGACGCGCGACAUCGUGACGCGCGAGGAGACGUACACUGUUCGUCGCAACGAACAGGCGGCGGGGUACGCACGCGAUGCCAUUGCGAAAGCGCUCUACAGUCGCAUGUUCGACUGGGUUAUUAAGCAGGUAAACUCGUCGUUGGGUCAUGAUCCCAACCCGCUGCCGUAUAUUGGUGUCCUGGAUAUUUUUGGUUUCGAAUCAUUUCAACGCAACGAUUUUGAGCAGUUGCUUAUCAACUACACGAAUGAGGUGCUGCAAGCGACAUUUAACAACCAAGUGUUCAUUGCCGAAAUGGAGCUAUACAAGCGUGAAGGUAUUACGGUGGGAAGGAUUAAGUGGCCUGACAACCGAGAGUGUGUGGACUUGAUUGCUUCGAAGCCCAACGGUAUCUUGGCGCUGCUCGAUGCCGAGGCUAUGAACCCGCAACCUAGUGACGCGAAGUUUUUGCGUACACUGCACUUGAAGCACUCAAAGCACCCGUACUUCCCGCGAACGCACCCGAAAGACAUGGAGCACAUGUUUAUCGUGAGGCACUUUGCUGGUGCUGUGAGCUACACGAUCGGAUCGUUCAUCGACAAGAAUAACGACUCUAUUCCCGCUGAUAUGUCAAACCUCUUUUCUUGCUCCUCCAACAAAUUAGUUCCUGCAUUCUUUCAGCAGGAACCCAAUACUAGUCGCCCGGGUAAGAGGAAGCUGACCAAGAGUGUGGCAGCCAAGUUUUCGAAUCAGAUGCAGGAGCUGGUGGACACUUUGGACGCAACGCGGUGUAACUUCAUCCGCUGCAUUAAACCAAACGCACUUAUGCGUGUGGGUAUGUUUGAUCCCCGAUAUGUCGUGGGCCAGCUUCGUUGCCAGGGCAUUAUGCAGACCGCUCAGGUGCUUAAGGUUGGUCUACCUACUCGUGUGAGCUACAGCGAGUUAGUGGGAGCAUACAAGAAGUUCAUGCCGCCUGAUGCGCAACGGCUGUUUGCAAACCAGAGUGACCCGACACUCAUUACAGCCAUCUUGUGGGCAUUCCAGGUGCCGAUGGAUGCGUACAAGCUGGGUAUCACAAAGUUGUUUUUCAAGGCUGGAAAAAUUGCUGUGCUAGACUCGAUUUUGAAAAUAAACUGGGUGACGGAAGGUCCACACAUUGUGUCACGCAUGAAGCUGUGGCUGGCUCGUCGCCGUUGGCGUGUGGGUCUAGCGAAGGUCGUUGCCCAAAACAGCUUUGCAAAACUGUUGCGUCGUAUCCAGUUCCGCCGCAACUCAGUGGCGCGCAUCCAGCGCUGGUGGCGUGCACUGUCGCUGCGUCGUGACUUUAAGAAGAAGCGCUCGGCUGCGGUGGUAGUGCAGGCUCUAUUCCGUGGUAUGACAGCACGUCGCCUGUUCAAGUCUAAGAAGCAGGAAAUGCUUGCUUUGGCAGCUGCACGUGCUGCGGAGGCUAAGCGCCAGGCAGAGGAGGCUAAACGUCGGGAAGAGGAGGCACGUAUGACAGCUGAAAUUGCUCGUCGCGAGAGCAUUGCUCGCGCUGCGGCCCACGACGACCGCUUGCGCAUGGAGGAAGAGGCUCGCGCUGCUGAGGAAGAGGCUAUCAGACUGGCCAAGGAGGCGGCGGCGGCGGUGGCAGAAGCCGAGUCUGCUGCCGCGGAGGCUACUGCUGCCGUGGAACACGAGCGUCAAGCUGAGCUGCGUGCUAUUGCAGAGGCGAAAGAGCUUGAAGAGCGUAUGAAGCGCGAGCGUGAAGAGGCUGAGCGCCGCAAGGAACAGGCUCUGCUAGAGGCUGCCAACGUCAGUGCCAGUCUGUUGAGCGGGCUUGCGCAGGUAAAUAGUGUGCAGACACCUUCUGGUCAGGUGCACGUGGUGGAGAUUCCGGACAAUGUUUCACAGGAGAAUCGCGAGCAACUGCAACAGUUGAACGACCUGCUUUUAAGCGGUGCUAUCGCUCAGUCGGAGUAUGACGAACUGGUACCUUUCCUACUGGAGAAGCCGGAGGAAGCCCCGUCUGGUGCUGCUCUUACCGCCGAGCAGGAGGAGUCAUUGAGCCGCUUGUAUACUACGGGUGUCUAUGGCAUCCAGAUUCGUUGCCCGGCUUGCGGUGCUACGAACAACACUGCUAACGGAAACCACUGUGACGAGUGUGGUUCUUUGCUUACCACAAGUGACGAAUCAGCUGCUGCCGCUGGUGACCCUGGCUACUAUGGGGGUCAGACUCGCCAGGAGAGAAGCAUGUCUACGCUGACGGCGCCGCUUGGCACGUUUACUACGGAUAAUGGUCGCAUUAUGAUCCAUGAUGGAUAUUUCGAGGCACAGAUGCACCGCACGCAAGUGCUUCAGGACGAUAACUACACGGAGUACACGGUGUACGUGUUGCGUUGCCAGUGGCAGCCAAAAGACUCGAGUGAGUCGACGACAUGGCUGGUGUCCCAUCGGUUUAGUGUAUUUGAGAAGCUGCACAAGGAUUUGAAGCGUAAGGUGCCGACCGCAGUGGCUAUGAUUCCUCUAUUUCCCCGCAAGCACGUUCUUGGUGGGGUGUUCAAGGGAAAGACGGGCAACUCAAGCGCGAUUGUGGAGGAGCGCAAGCGGGGUCUGGAGCGGUACGUGGCGCAGGUGCUGGAAUUGUGCGCGCGUCUUCCGGAGAAUCUAAACGUGCCGGAGCUGGACCGCUUCUUGAACGUGUCGCGGCAGGUGGAGCAAUACCGUCGUCAGCUUAUGUCUGGUGGGGCUGACGAAUCUAGUGCCGCACCUGGCGGAUUUGGUCGUGCGCUGAGCUUGAAUGCUGGUGGCGCUGAAGGAAUGGCAGCCCGCGAGCAGGCUCGUUUGCCUACUGAACUGCCUACACCACUGGAUGAGGAGGAACUGUCUCACACGGAGCAGGCUGUGGCGCUGUUGAAUGCGUCCAUUCGUAGCUCACGUGGCGAUUUGCGCCGCGACCUUCAAGUGCAGCACCACUUGAAGGUGUGCGUGCAGCUCCUGCCGCGACUGCAAAUCUCGGCAAAUCUGGACAACCCGUUCGCAAAUGUGGAUCUGAUACCGCGAGCGAUGCAGUGCCAAGAGGAUCUAGAGACGACCAUGGGUCUGUACAACGACUCGUUGCUUGCUGUCACAGAGACGUAUGCGCUCUCGGCCCAGGAGGGCGGCAGUUUGCAGGCACCACCUCCGUACGUUCCAGGUCAGCAAAACUCGUACCAGCCCAGCUACGGCGUUUAG